ACGUCUCUGAGCGCAGCAGCCUUCUGCGCGUUUUUAUUUUGUACCUGGCUUGUUAUUGCUAGUCUGCCUUUCUUAAACUCAAACCUCCUCAUUUGUUAUAUACUGAAAUUUUCAGCACAUAAAAAAGGAAACAUUUGUUAAUCCGAAAAUAGCUCUGAACGGCAUUUGCUUAAGUUUUUUUUUUUUGGUCAGCAUUUUGUGUUACAUUUGUUCAUUCAUUCUGUGAUGGAAACGAACCGUUGCUUUGCCAACCGGUUCGAUGAUUACAAAGGUGCUUUACUGACAGGGCAGGGCAAGGAGGCUGUGGUGCCCAUAGUGAUUAGCACUAUCGAGAAGAUUAUUAAGACGGUUCCCAUUGCCACCGAUCCAAGUGACUGCCUCGAUGGGGGUCUGUAUGACGGUCCGGCGGGGGUGGCAUACAUGUUAUACUACGUCUCCGAGUGUCCUAUGUUUGCCCCGCAAAGGGACAACUACCUGAAAACAGCGAAGCGAAUCAUAGAUGUGUACGUGCGGUCCGUUGAUGCCGAGCCAGAUAAGAACAUGCGAGCUGCCUUUCUCCUUGGGGGAGCGGGUAUCUACGCAGUCGCAGCGAUGGUGUACAAAGCCCUGGGGCUGGCGGACUUUGUCAAGCCCCUCACCAAAUUUCGGAACCUCUGGGAGGUGUGCGCGCCCCUCACCUUCCUCGAAUGCGGCUCCGAUGAGCUUUUUGUUGGAAGAGCGGGUUAUCUGUGCGGCGCUCUAGUUCUUAAACAGAAUCUGGGAAUAGAGGUAUUAAGUCCAGAGCAGAUCAAAGCAAUCUGCCAGGCUAUAAUUGAAUCUGGAAAGCAGUAUGCAAGGAAGAAAAGAAAGCCUUUUUCUCUCAUGUAUUCCUAUUAUGGCACAGAAUACUUAGGUGCUGCUCAUGGGCUCUCCUCCAUCCUCCAGAUGUUACUGUCAUACAGCGAGUUCCUUCCAACAGGGGACCGGGACCUGGUGUGGCAGAGCGUGGACUUUCUGAUGAACCAGGAGCAGAACUGUAACUGGCCAGCUGAACUGGGGGCCAUGAUUGAGCGUGAGAAUGAGUUGGUCCACUGGUGUCAUGGGGCUCCAGGUGUUGCCUACCUGUUUGCCAAAGCCUACCUAAUUAACAAGAAACCGCGGUAUCUGGACACGUGUAUUCGCUGUGGGGAGAUGGCCUGGCAGAAGGGGCUGCUGAAGAAAGGCCCAGGGAUUUGUCAUGGAGUGGCUGGUAGUGCCUACGUCUUUCUACUGUUGUACAGAUUGACUGGUAACUCCAAAUACAUCUACAGGGCACAAAGAUUUGCAGAAUUCCUGUUUUCUGAUGAAUUCAGAGCAGGAUCCUGUUCUGUUAACAGUAUUUACAGCCUCUUCGAAGGUCUUUCUGGAACAGUGUGUUUUUUGGUUGACCUUAUUCAGCCCGAGAAGUCUGAAUUUCCUCUUUUCAGUGUGUUUGUGUAGAUCCUUUACUGCCAAUUGAGCAAUGCGCAUUACAGGCAUCUCAGAGAGUAAUAUAUUCCUAAUUUUUUCUGUCAGUCAAACAGCAUAACCUGUUGUUCUAGUUUUGUUUUUUUAUGGUUGUUAUCCAUGUACCAACAUUGCACAGCUCUUUUGGAUAUGUCUUGAAUGCACAUGGGUGUUCAGUUUUAAAGUGUUUGUACUACCCUUCGGUUAUGAUUCAGAGGACACCACUUCGCAGAAGAUGUUAGUGUGAAUCUAGCUAGGAUGAAAAGAAAUUAAAGUACUGUAAGUAAAAUCACUUGAUAUGGGGGAAAAUGUUGGACUGUCACCUAUGUUUGUAAGAUGAGUUAUCAAAUGCACUAUGUUUAAGAAACAUUAAUUGUUGUUGUUUGCUUCUUUUGAUAUAAUAGGGAGCAUGUCAGUACACUAGAUAAUGUUACCAUUUCAGUGCAAUAAGAAAAAGGCUUUUUAUUGAUCAGUGCGGUUAGCACUCUAGAGUCCCAGGACUUGUAAGGGGAAGUUUCUGUUCAUUCCUCAGUGUGUUCUGGUAUCAGCCCCUUGCUAUCCGUUCUCUUUUCUGUGAUGUUUUUAAGUGGUUAGAUGACCGUGACAAUGGAUAGCUGUGAUUUUAUUGCACACUAAGGCACUUUUUUUGGCUGCCAAUUUAAAGAAAUGAGUUGACUGUAAAUAAUUUUUCAAAAGCUUCUCACUAAUGUUGUGACUGUGGUAAAGUAAAAACCAGCAACAUACAGUAGUGUUAUUAAAUUAAUUAAUGUAAUAUGUGUCUUUGUAAAGGAAAGAUGUCUGAACUUGACCAGUUCUGUGAAGAGUGCAAAUAUUUAUUUCUUUAUGUCAGGAAACCUCUAGAAAUCCAGAAUCCUGAGGAUAUUGGAACCUGUCUACUGCCCUUACUUCACAGGGAACUACCCAUAGGCUGCUCUUGAUGCGUAUGGGACAAGGUGGGAGUACAGCAUGGAUGGUUCAAGUUAAGGAACACUUUAGAGACACUGAUUAACUUAACAAGCUGUCUUGAAUAGUGGAGGAAACUGGUGCACCAACACAAAUGCAAGGAGACCGUAGACUGUAUUAUAGGUCAGAUUGCAAUACAUGCAAAUGUAUAUUGUGCCGGCUUGUCUCUAUGAAGAGGGUAGUUCUUAGUAUGGAAUUUAAUUCUGAGUCUAUUCUACCCAGUUUACAGCUGCUCAAAGCAGUCGUGUGAAAAAGUACUGAUUUUGGAAUUCUGUAAUGAAAUUAAAUCCUACAGUUAUCCUAAAAGCAGAGAUGUUACAUUUGUGUCUCAAGCUCAGCACUCACUUUUAAAUGCCAGGUGUCUGUAUAAACAAACAGAUAUUCACACUGUUUGGCUGCUUAUUUAUUAUGCUUCUUUGUGUAUUUAUGCUUUAUAAUAAGUUUUAUUUACCAUUUAUUGAAAGAAACGAAAGAUGUACAAUUCUGUGUGAAUUUGUUUGCAAUGAUCAAUUACAAUGCAGUUAUUUUUCAGCA